AUGAUUGGGUCACUUAUAGAAUCUCAUCCAAUUAUAGUAAAAGCAAUGAGGAGAGUUUACAAUAAGAAUCCACCACCCCCAACAGAUAAUAAGGUUGUUGAUUUAGUCUCAGCCUUUGAUAAGCUCACAGAGGUAAUAAACCUGCAACAAAGCGGAUUUACGUCUCUGGCUGCCAUGGACACUUUAUUAAGUCACACCCAGGCCUGGUGUUUUACAGAUGAACAAAAAGCCAAUAUCUUGAUUGAGGCUUCUCCUAACUUUAAAGUGAAAGAUAUGAGAUCUCUUGCAGCUUUUUAUGCUCAGAAUUCGGGCGUUGAUUUAUCAACCAUUCUGGCGAUAGGAAAUUGGUCAAGUCAUGGCAUAUAUCAACAAUUUUAUAAAAGGGGUGUUAUGAGCAUGUUACAGAAGAAUCAGGUUACAUGG